UCUAUCAUACGGGCCCACUGGUGGUCAGGCCACUGUUUACACGAAAUUUGUUAAUAAAAAUUAUAAAUUGUGCUUCGAAACUAAAUUAUAAGGAACAAAUAAAUAUAUAAAUAAGGCGCGCGCUUACUAUAAUGAAGAACACAGCACAAAUAUGUUCUUAAACUUAAACUCAGCAUGCAAGUUUUACGAAACAAAGUAAACAUAAAUUAAACACAAUUUAGUAAUAAAAAACAUACAGAAUCAAUAAUAAAUUUGAUUAGUUAACUUGACAUCAGCUACUGCUAAAGCUGGUGAGUGUGAGUGUAUGUGUGUGUGCGUGUGUGUAACUAUCAUAUAAACAAUUUAAGCACAUCAGACAAAGAGCAACAAGCACCCACGCCAAAAAAAGAAACAAAAAAGCUUAACACAUUCCAAAAUAGCCAACAGGCUACCACAAAAAACGAAAAAUACUUUCAAGAUCCAGUUUGUACAAAAAAGCGCGCACUUUGAAAACUGUAACAAAGAACAAGGAAUAUAAGCAUAGUCAAAUUUUGAAAUACGCUGGGACAGCAGGAGAUUUGAGUGGCACACUGGAUCAGCCGCAGGAUAUGGACAUUGAUGCUCCAUUCGUGCAUGGCAUGCAGGAGCACAGCGACGGCAACAACCAUCAUCAGCAGCAUCAUCAACACCAUCAGAACAACAGCAACAACAGUUCGCACAUUUAUCAUUCGGAAGCAUCAAUGAAUUUUGAUUAUUUACAUGGUCUGCAUGCGGAUGCAGCGGCAGCAUCAACAUCCUCAUCCUCACCCAGUGGCAGUAACUCGUAUGGACUUGUCGACGACAGUAGAGCGCUGGACAGACCUUGCAAUGCGAACGAACGAUUUGUAACCAUACUCGAUCAGUUGGAUGCCCGUGUGGAGAAGUUUCGCAAGGAUGCGCUCAAUUUACAGGAGAAGAAAGACUACCUCUUAAUGUCCAUGGAUCUCAUCAAGAGCAACGAAAUGCUGCAAAAUAUGAGCGAUGCCGAGCGCGAAGAGAUUAUGUUGUACAUUCAGCGGGUUAGUGCUCGCCUUGGCACUGUUGAGCUGAAUGUGCGCACCGUGAGGGACAAUUCUCAGGAGGAUUCACUUAGUCAGAUUAAUGCCCUAAUCGAUACAAUGAUCAAAAUGGGUGAUCCGGUCAUUAGCCGUCAGCGUUGCCAGAUAUAUUUAAAUGCCUGCUGCAGCAGCACCAUGGAUCCCAGUGGCCGUCUGGGUACCGUGCUUGAAGCGGAUGUGGGUCCGAUAGAUAAGAAAUUUGAGAGUGCCCUCCUUGGUUGCACUCUGGAUGAUCAGAAGAACAUUAAGAAGCGUCUGCAGGCAUUGAUGGGCUAUCUGAAUAAGCAAACUGUUACCAAUUAACUUAAAACUAGUUACCAAUAUCCCUCGAAAUUAACGAAAAUAUGUAUGUUAUGAAAAUGCUAAAACGAUAAACCAAAACAAAAAUCAAAUACACAAUAUGCCAACACAA